CUGACAGGGACCCUUGGCCGAGCAGUAACAUUCAGCGGUGCCCAGAGCUGUUACUGUACCUACUGAAUCAUGGAGAGCAACACACAGAGCUCAUCUGUUUCCUCAUGGAGAGAAUGUUCUGUCAUACAGCGGAUCCGCAUGUUGGUCCCUGUUGGGUUCAAGGCAGAAAUAAUAGAGCUGUGUAAACUGGCCGGACCAGUGAUAUUGGCCCAGUCCAUGACUUUUGCAGUGAGUUUUGUCAGCACUGUAUUCUGUGGCCAUCUGGGGAAGACAGAGCUGGCAGGGGUGUCUUUGGCUAUAGCAGUUAUUAAUGUUACAGGUGUAUCUAUUGGAGCUGGUUUGGCUUCAGCAUGUGAUACUCUGAUUUCUCAGACCUUUGGGGGCCGCAACCUGCUGAGAGUCGGGGUCAUUCUGCAGCGGGCGAUCCUCAUUUUGUUACUAGCAUGUUUCCCCUGUUGGGCAAUCCUUGCAAACACAGAGCUCAUUCUGUUGGCUGUCAGACAGAAUCCAGAGGUGGCCAGGUUAUCUCAGGUGUACGUAAAUAUCUUUAUGCCUGCACUGCCUGCUACAUUCAUGUUUUCAUUAAAAACAAGAUAUCUGCAAAACCAGGGCAUCAUAUGGCCACAGGUAAUCACUGGCGUUGUGGUCAAUCUUCUUAACGCUCUCAUCAACUACAUCUUGCUUUACGCAUUAAAGCUGGGAGUAGAAGGUUCUGCUGUCGCCAACACCCUCUCCCAGUUCUCCAUGGUUGGGAUCCUCUAUGCAUAUAUCUGGUGGAAAGGCCUUCAUAAGGCCACCUGGGGAGGCUGGUCUAAAGAGUGCAUGCUGGACUGGGGCUUGUACCUCCGCUUGGCCAUCCCCAGCAUGGUCAUGUUGUGUGUUGAGUGGUGGACGUAUGAAGUUGGAGGAUUUCUGGCAGGUCUGAUCAGUGAGGUGGAGCUUGGAGCUCAAGCAGUUGUAUACGAAUUGGCAAAUGUUGCAUACAUGUUCCCUAUGGGUUUCAGUAUAGCAGGCAAUGUACGAGUUGGAAAUGCCCUGGGAGCUGGAAACACAGAGGAAGCUAAGCUGUCUGCUAAACUGACAAUGUUCUGCUCAGGGUCAGUCUCUGUAUGUUUGGCAGUUCUCAUUGGGAGCCUGAAGGACCAUAUCUCUUAUGUCUUUACAUAUGACGAAGAAAUCAGGGAGAGGGCUGCAGAUGUAAUGGCUUUAUAUGCCCCAUUCAUGUUCCUAGAUGCUAUAUCAGCUGCUUCAGGAGGCAUUAUAAGAGGAGCAGGUAAACAGAGGAUUGGAGCUGUUUGCUACUUUUUGGGAUAUUAUGGUGUUGGUUUUCCCAUUGGAGUGUCGCUGAUGUUUGCAGCCAAAUUAGGAAUCAAGGGUCUGUGGAUAGGUCUGUUUACCUGUGUGGCUCUUCAGUGCACAUUCCUGAUUACCUACCUUGUGAGAAUGAACUGGAAAAAAGCUACAAUCGAGGCUCAAAUCAGAGCGGGAGUGCGUGGGAGCUCCACAGACACAGGUCCCCAACCUGAUGAUCACGGCCAAACAGACAUCCAGGACCUAGUUGACGCUGAGGCGGCAACAGCAGUAAGAACAGUGGGAGAGGAGCUCUCAUAUAGUACCCUGGUUCUGCGUAGGGGCCUUGCUCUGGCUGGCAUGCUAUUCAUCCUGGCUGCUGGAAUUAUUAUAAACCUGCUUAUCAUGAACUUGGAUACAUGGACAUGAGCAAAGUCUACUGUAUUCAGUGAAAUAAUACUUUUGCCACUGGAACAUGAUGUGAUGCAGACAUCUGCAGGAAAGGGUGUUAGAACAUGAAGAACAAAGGCACACGUGCAGAUAGGCAGAAAGUAGGCAGAUCACAGAGAGUGAAAUGGUGUAUGAUCAAUCAAUUAAUCCAUUGAAGCCAAAUAUUAGUCAAACAUUAAUUUGCAAGAUUUUUCCAGUGAAUCUGCCAAUGUAUGGCUCACAACCACACUCUGUUAAAGAGAAUGAGUCAAACUGAAGACAACCUUUGUAUUUAACACAUUAAACAGAAGCAUUGUGGUUUUGGA